UAUGUAUUGUUCUAUAGAGUAUGGCUCUUAUAUGGAAAAGCUUGUCUGUGGCAGAGAGCCAGAAAUGUUGUUACUGUAGAUUUGUUUCUUGCAUCAGCUGUUUUUGUGAAGCUCUUCUUGCAACCUGCAGUUGCAUCACAAAAUUUGUUCGUCCCCUUUCAUCGAACUGCAGAGACUUUAAUCGCAAACUUUUCCGCCAGACCCUGCCCUCCAUCCAAUCACAGACGAGAUCAUCUUGUUGACCCGAAAGAACUGCAACAAUUGGUUGCAUCCAAAACCUCCCACCUCUGUCUCCCGCGGGAAGAGCUUUUCUCGGAGCGCCCCGAGAGAGACGCUAAACUGACGAUGCGUCCAAGCUGGGUUCUGGUCAUAGAAACGUCGCCAAUCGUACAGAAGUAUAGCAGACGCCUCCGUAUUGAACAAGACCUAUUUAACUCGAGAGAGACAAGCUCUACAAAGCAUUGUUUGUUGUGUGUCUGAAGUUCAGUAGAUAUACCAGUCUCUUGUCAAAGACAGAUCGUUAUAACAGACGUCCGCAGCUCAUUUCAACAUCAUGGACAACACCUCGGCUCUGAGCCUGAACUCCAGCGUCUCUGGGUGGCAUCGUCUACCGUGGUACCAGUUCGAGGAGUGUGCGGAGGCUCCCCACUGGUUUCUAUUGUACUUUGGUGUGAAAGUAUUGAACCUGGUUGCAGGCGUUCCCUUGAACGUGCUCGUGUUGUGGCAGAUUCUGAGGAAGAAGAGUGAAGGCUCGACGUCAGACGUCUUUAUUUUUAACCUCUCCAUCCUCGACGCCUAUUUUGGACUCAUGACAGCAGUUGACCUUUCCAACCGUCUGUACUUCAACGAUCCAUCCGUCUGGUACUCGGUGCGUUUCGCCUACGGACUCAAAGACGUGACUCCGUUGUUUCUCACCUGUAUUUGUCUGGACAGGUACAUCGCUGUGGUCCAUCCUAUCCUCUUCACAGGGAUCCGUGACACUCGCAUCCGGAUCGGCGUCUCGCUGCUGGUGUGGGGACUCAUCCUGGCCUACUCUCUGACCAAAAGCUUCUUAGGCGUCAUGAGCGUGAACGAGGUCUUCAGUGGAGUCAUCCUCUCGGCCUUCUUCAUCAUGAUGUUCUGCAACCUCUCCAUCAUCUGGGUCCUCAGGAAGAGUGUCGCAGGGAAAGAAGUCAUGAACCCGGUGAAGAAGAAGGCCUUUAAAAUGGUGCUUAUCAUCCUCGCCAUCAUCGUUGGGAACUAUCUGCCUCCCGUGGCUCUGAUGCCGUUUGCCUCCACUUACUCUUUCAAAACGUUCCGCUGUAAGAUCAGCCUCAGCGUCUUCUCCAUCAUGGACCUGAGCUGCACCAUCGAGCCCCUGCUCUACAUCUCAAAGAUGGAGCGCUCCGCAUUCUGUCGAUGCCUGCAGAGUCCUUCCAAGAAACCCAUCACUGUGAGGGUCUGA